AGCUGAAGAACCGAACUGAAGACCGAGACGCUUUUUGUUUGUGUUCAACCAAACCGUCGAAAAGGAGCCGAGUCGGUGUCGCUGCGGUCCGUUUCGGUUCGUUAGGAGCCUUAGCUCGGUGAUUAGAGCCGCACGGCCGGGCCGGAGGGCGAACACACCGAAACAUUCGAUCCAGAAGCGGAGGACUCGUCACCCUCUGACCCCCUCCCUGCCUCCCGCACACACUCCACCAUGACGAUUCUCCCGAAGAAGAAGCCCAGCUCCGGGGUCGGAGUCUCGGACCACGCCGAUGACAGCGACCGUCGGAGCGGCUCCGACCCGCACCAGCACCCGCACCCUCACCCGCACGCAGGGCGGACCGGAGCCCGACCGAGGGCUUCACCUCCGCCGUGGUCCUACCAGCCCGCUCCGCCCUCCGCCAGGGACGACAGGCGGAGCAUCGAGGCGAGCUCCCGGCCGCAGCAGGCCUCUCCGCCGCCCGUCGGCUCCGUGUCCCCGGUAGGGCCGGGCGACGGCCGGGACAGCAGCGGCGGCAUGGUGGCCGGGUCCCGCGGGGAGCUCGUCGUGUCGGCCGGCGUCGUCGGAUGCGGCGGAGGCAUCGGCAGCUGCUGCUCCGGUCCCGGGCUGAGCAAGAGGCGGCGGCAGGCAGGCACCUGCUCCGGCGGGGUGGUGGCGGCUCUGGCCGGCGGAGGCCAGCCCGGGGUGACCGGACCGGGAGGCGUUGGGUCCAGCCAGGACACGGAGGAAGGAGCGGGGAACAACAGCGAGGACGAGUACGAGAACGCCGCCCGGCUGCAGUCCAUGGACCCGGCUACCGUGGAGCAGCAGGAGCACUGGUUCGAGAAGGCUCUGAGGGAGAAGAAAGGAUUCGUCAUCAAGAAGAUGAAGGAGGACGGAGCGUGUCUGUUCAGAGCUGUCGCCGACCAGGUGUACGGAGACCAGGACAUGCAUGAGGUGGUGCGGAAACACUGUAUGGACUACCUGAUGAAGAACGCCGACUACUUCUCCAACUACGUGACAGAGGACUUCACCACAUACAUCAACAGGAAGAGGAAAAACAACUGCCACGGCAACCACAUCGAGAUGCAGGCCAUGGCCGAGAUGUACAACAGACCGGUGGAGGUGUACCAGUACAGCACAGAGCCAAUCAACACGUUCCACGGCAUCCACCAGAACAACGACGAGCCAAUCAGAGUGAGCUACCACCGCAACAUCCACUACAACUCGGUGGUGAAUCCCAACAAGGCCACGAUCGGCGUCGGACUGGGGCUGCCGGCCUUCAAACCCGGGUACGCAGACCAGUCUCUGAUGAAGUCGGCCAUCAAGACGUCGGAGGAGUCGUGGAUCGAGCAGCAGAUGCUGGAGGACAAGAAGAGAGCGACGGACUGGGAGGCCACCAACGAGGCCAUUGAGGAGCAGGUGGCCCGGGAGUCGUACCUGCAGUGGCUGCAGGACCAGGAGAAGCAGGCCCGACAGCCCCGUAAGGCCAGCGCCACCUGCAGCUCAGCGACGGCGGCCGCCUCCAGCGGACUGGACGACUGGAGCGCCCGGUCGCCACGGCAACGCGACUCAGACCCCUCCCACUCCGACCUCACGACCGCCCCGUCGACCAACAACAAGCCUCCCUCCCCCGCUGGAGCCGCCCUCAUCCUGAGCAAACCCCCGUCCCCCUGCGCCCCAGGUCCCAGCAACCAGAGUCGUCACCAUUUGGAGUACAGAGCCAUCAUGCAGGAGAUGUCGCCUACAGCCUUUGGUCUGACGGACUGGGAGGACGAUGAGAUCCUGGCGUCGGUGCUGGCCGUCUCCCAGCAGGAGUACCUGGACAGCAUCAAACACCAGAGCGCCGCCAUGCACCGAGAGAGGGAGCCGUCGCCCGACAGCAGCUGAUAACCGGCCGACACGCACACACAGCACCACGCCACACAAAACGCACACACACACACACACACACACACACACACACACACACACACAUAGACGUAUACACACACACACAUAGACACACAGCGAUGACCUUUGACCCCUCCCCCACCUACCUCCCUCCCCCGCCUCACCUCUGACCUACAGAAGGAGAUUGACCAGGGAAAGAAUAAACAUCCAACAACGAUGCACACUUGUUUUUUUAUUUUGUUCUUCAUCGGCUCAUCACUCUCUCCGGUCUGUCAUCUCCCCUACCCCACCCCCCCGCUCUCCUCCGUUUCCCCGGUUACCGUUCAGGAGCUCGGUCUUAACGCUGAUUCGGGAUCUGUUGUAAUGUAAACAUCAUUCUGGGCAGCUUUCAACAGAAUUUUUAGCUUUUUGUUGUCACAGUCAGGCUGAUUGUUCCAGCCUGUUAGCUCUGUGGCUAGCAGGGCCAUCGGUUUCAAUGAAGAAUGCCAAUCAGAACUGUGUUUGUCAGUUUCCUGGAGGCUAGGCUGGCAUGCUCUUUAGCAGGCAAGCUAUCACCUUAAGUCUUAAAGUCAAAACCUGAAAUUUUAAAGUUCUAACAUUGCUGAAAAGCCACCAUUAUGGUUCGCUAACUUGUUUUCCGUUCUUCUUAGGGUCAUCGUGCUAGUCAAAACCAAUCAAGGCUAACAGUGUAAACAUUUGUCUGCGUCCUGUAGGCCACGUUAGCAUGCUUCAACUUAGUCUACAUUAUCCACAGUGUUAUCUUUUCAGGUAGCUGACAGCAAAGUUGUUUUCCACCUCUUCUUAUUGCUGUCUUUGCUCCCACUGGCGGCUAUUUUUUGUGGGGAAUGCUAGUCAAAUUUUUAAACUUCAUAAUGAUAAUCAGAAAGAUGACCAAUCUGUGUCAGUGUCCUAUGAGCUAAGCUAGGAUGCUGUUUAGAGAGCAGGCUAUCACCUGAAAUCGUACUAUGUUGUUAAGCUAGCUCCUGACUUCAGAUUGCAGAUUUUAUCCUUCUCGCUGCUUCCAGCAGGUGAGAAAUGACACCGCUAACAGAUAGCAAGCUGCCUUUACAGUUAGCUUCACUACAGAUUGUGAUUUUUUUCCCCCCUGUCAUCUUAGUGCCAUUAUGCUAGUCAGAAUUGAGCAAGAUAAACUGUCCUGUAGGCCCCUUUAGCAUGCUAUACCUUAGUUUUAAGCUAGCCAAUAAUGCAGUUGUUUCCCAUUUAUUCUUGCUAUGAUCAGUGGCGUUCAUUUUGUGUGAGAAAUCAAAUUCUAAGUGCUAAUCAGAAUCGAAAAAGACUCUAUGUAUCUCGUAGGCUAGGUUAGCAUGCUGUUUAGUGAGCAGGCUAUUACCUGAAGUCUUACUGUGCUUUAAAGCUAGGUCUUUUUAGCACCGCUAACAAGCUGUGUUGCUGUUAGUUUCCUGUUAUUAGCGAUCAUGUUUCUCCCAUAUGCAGCCAUUUUGUGUGAAGAAUGCCAACCGAACGCUGAUCAGAGCUAAAAUGACGAGCUGUCUGUGAUGUUUAGGCUGCGCUAGUGGGCUCUUUAGCGAGCAAGCUACCAUGUGAAAGUCUUAUGUUUUGAAGCUAGCUCCUGCUGUUUCCAGGUUAGCAUGGCCGCCGUAAGCCAAAUUAUUUCGCAGCUCCCACUGGCGGCCAUUUUGUGGUGACACGUUUUUUUUCCAUCAUUAUCUGACAAAUUAAAAGCCUCCAGCUUCACGGCCUGUAACACCUCCUCCUCCUCCUCCUCCUCUUCCUCUUCUUCUUCUUCUUCCUUCUCCUCCUCCGUCAUCAUCAUCAUCA